CGUGGCGGUCCCCACCCGUCCCUCUCCAGCAGGCAGCAGCUGAUGCAGGCGAUACGCCCGCACUCCACACCGCACCUCAGCAGGCUACAAGUCAGGUUCUUUAGAUCGCUGUUACAGCUAAUCAAAGAGAACGACCACUGCUUGCACAACUGGCUGCACUCCGAGAGUGUGCAGGAGAUGCUCGCCGCUAACCGCGGCCUGCGGCUGCGGCUCAUCACCUCAGACACGAGCUGGAUCUCAUAUAACCCAGAUUCUCCCUGUUGUAAGUUUUGCUUGCUCGGUUGCCACAGCAGACCAUAUUAUCGGGAUCCGACUCUGAGUGCGCUAAAUACUUAUGAAUUUUCCUAUUUGAGCUUCAGGGACUCGAACUCAAGUGCGUGAAUGUCUUUGGUCUCCAUAACUGUGUUUAGCUGUUAUGUAGUUUUGGUACAUUUUUUUUAUCUCUUUAGCAUUGCUGCGUCAGCUAUUUUAAUUGUGAGUCAUAUUCUUUGUAAUAAUUUUUAAUACUUUAUAAAAACCGUUUUUAUAGGGUUGCGUAGAAAAUCUAGCCGUUGCAAACUUUCCCCGGGUGGAAGAAUUAGUAGUUCGAACUAUAUGCGACUUCAGUAGUUAAACUUCGUUGGAAUCUGAAGUUUGGACGCAUUUUAUUUCUAAACAAACUUUAUUGCAGUUGUAAACGUUGUGCAUUUCAAACUGUGGUCAAAACUCGUGAAGGAUUCUAGUCAAAAUGCAGUUGCUCGACACAGUUCAACUACAGUUUAACCACAGUUAACCACAGUUAAACUGCAGUCUAACUGUAGUUCACUGCAGACAAACUGCAGUUUAACUAUACCAAUUUCGACAACACCUUAGUUCGUCCACAGUUUGGCGUAGUUUCAACUGUACUCUGUCUCCAGAUAAAACUGAAGUUCAGUUACAAAUGGUCUUCGGA